UUCAUGAUCAAUUCUUGUUCUUUUAAAUGGCCUGGAUUGUGUAAAAUUUUCUCAUUUACUCUGUAAAUCUCAGUGGUUUUAAGCUUCUAGACAAGAUCAAAAAUGGAAACUAAUGCUGAUCGCUACUGGGGAGAAGUUUCCGAUGAAAUUCCCAGCUCAAACGAUGCAAAUUUUGAAGAACUGUUCAAACCAAAGCCUGCAGAAUGUGGCGAAGUAAAACUCUAUCAAAUAUCCUGCAAAGAAACAGCUUUAAAGGAAUGUUCAAAUCAAGCGCUGCCAUCCAUUCAACCACCAUUAGACUCUCAUGGUCAAAACUUGCUGUUGCAUGCCAUAGAACUAAAGCACCACAUUAGAAAGAUGUUGUUGAUGAAGAUGGCAGCACAACAUCAACAAGCAGGUGGAAAUAAAAAUGAUAAUCUUCCACAACUACCAGCUGCCCCUUUACCACCCAAGAAAUAUUGUUGGAAAAAUGGAAUAUAUACACGUCCACAUUUUCCAGGAAUUGUACCCAACCCUGUUGAGUUUGAAAUAAAAAGUCAAUUCACCACUGGCCAUGGUGUCAGUCCUGUUCAACUAGAUAAUGAUUCACUAAGAUGUCUUACAUACAAAGCUAUUGCAGCAAUCUGUUGUCAUUGUGGCUAUGAAAGUGCUCAUGAUUUGACUCUAGAUGUGUUAAGCGAUGUUUUGGCAGAUUUUCUUAAACGCUUCACAAAGUUAUUACGAAUUGCCUUGGAUGCUGAAGCCUCGCAGAGAGAAACAAGAUUUCCUAAUGUCUUGGAGUAUGUACUUCAGGAAACAGGAAUUGGUGGUUUAAAUGCAUUACGGCAAUAUUGGUGCACCAAUAUCCGUGAAUAUGCCCUGACGUUAGAACAAGAGGAUGAGAGGCUCAUGAGUCAGUAUUACAAAUUGACACAUCCCGAGUGCAAGUUGGUAGUCGCUAAUUUAUGGUAUGUGUCAGAAACCAGUGGAACACAUCAUGGCUUACUCUGACAAAUCUCGUGGCUCUUUUGGCAAGCAACGCCUUUUGUUGUUCUGAAAUUAUUUUGUGGCUUCAAAAACUAUCAACUUUAAAAAAUGGUGAAGCCACUAGUCUGAUAUAAACUUGUUGACAAUUCGCGUUAACAGCUGACGAAAAACUUAAAUUGAAUUCUGGCAAGCUGAAAGUUUAUAGUGGAAAAUUGAGCUGCAAUUGUAACGAAAGUAUACAGAAAGCUUGCAAAUGUUCAUGUUAAUUGUGACAUUACUCUAAAACGUUCGUGUUGAUUGUGGAAAGAAUCACGAACACUCCCUCUUUAUCACUUCAUGUAUAUAAGCCCGGACUCGCAAAAACAUUAAAAAAGUGCAUUUUUUGAAUAUGAAGUACUCUAGGUUUUUCAACGGAAACGUUCCAAGUGCAAGUUCCUAAAACACUCGACCACUAGCCAUUGACAAACGCGUAUUUUUGUAUCUUCAAAGAAACUCGCUUCUAAGUGAUUUUUGCCUGAAGGUUGAAUCUAAAGCAUGUCCAAACCUGCAGCUUCGCAUGAGUAAUUUUCACAAUGAAUUAAAAGUUUUUUUAAAACACGUGAAGAUUUCAUUUUGAAGUAGUUUUUUAAACGAAAGCAAAUCCAUGAGUUCAAGACAUUUUUAUGAUUUGUAAAGAAUGCUUAAUUGUUUGAGAACUUUCUACAAGGAAUCCGGUAUCUACGACUGUUAUCUUUAAGUAGAAGAAGAUAUUUUACACAAUAAUCUCUUUCUAACGGUAAGAUUAUUUUGUUAUGCAUGUGAACUAUGGACUGAGUAAAGGCUGUUUACUAGUAUAGUGCAUGAUACAGCGCGCGUUUUUUGCGAAGUACAUGAAUCAGUGGUUAUAACGAUACUGUCGCUUGAAAAUUCAAAGUGCCAGUAUUGUUGUCAAUUAGGUAGUAACUAAUCUGGUUCACCAAAGAAUAUGUCGUUCCUCUUAAGAAUACAUCACUCAUGUUUGAAAUUUUUGUAAACUGUAUUCCAUAUCAAGCCUUUUAUUUGACAGUCUUGACAGACAUAUUAAAUUGUUGGAUAUAUUGCAACAAGUGUGUACAUAGAUUUGUAAAGUACAACGUUUAGUUCAUGUUUGGUCCUGGACUUGAUGUGGAUUUUCAGGGAAUAUAUUCAAUCUCGUAACUUGGACAUAAAGGGAUAAC